GUGCUAGCAAUUGUUUUUCUCGCAAAUUUUAUUUUCGAACAAGAUGUAGCCCCACCGGAUACAUUUUUUUAUUUAUUCACGAAUUUGUACGUUGUAGAGUUGAUUCAACGAUGUAAAAAAAUGGUCGAAUGGGCCGCAAAUUGGUGAAAACAAAACGAUGGCCCGAAUUCGACGGGUGCCCUUCUACUGUGCCGUUGUAGAGGAGUCGCGUCGUCGCCAUGCGUGAACCAAUGUUUCGGUUAAGUUCAUGAUAUUCAUUUUCGGAUCCGGUUGUGAUAGAUGGAGGACAACAAUGGAGCUAAACCGCGGGCCCGUUCAAACUCCGCCAGAGUGCUGGUCUUCGACGAUCCCGGAGCUCCCCAGGACCGCCCCCGGUGGCCCCCGAUAGCCCCCGGCGCCGCCCCCAAGCAUGCACAACCAGAUCAUCACACGACACCGUCGAAUUUGGUCCGAAUCAGCUCAGCUCUAGGCAAGUCGGCUCCUUCAUUGUCGGUGAAUAUGAAGGAUGUGGGUGCGGGGCGCCGAAACAGCCGUCCUGCUGCAGUUCACCGGUUAAGUUUCGUAGCCAAUACGAGUCCUGUACUACCAAGAUCUCAGUCACCAAUAUGUGGCAGCCCCAUUGAUAGUCCCAGAACACAUAAUAGUUUCAUCAAUUUUCCUUUCGCUCCGAUUAAAAGUGCUUCUUUCAGGAUCGUCGCUGGGUGUCGCGGAGAUGGCAGGAGGUGGUCGGUCGCCUCCUUGCCGUCAUCAGGUUAUGGGACCACCCCGGGAAGUUCAAACAUGUCCUCGAAAUGUUCAAGUCAGGAAAGACUGCACCAACUGCCACAUAUUCCCACCUCGGAUGACAUGAGGAUACUCACUCAUCAUUUUUCUAGUAAUGAAAGCAACCCUUCUUUGCCGGGUGGUAAUUACGAAGAAAACUCCAUCACACAUCGCUCACCUUUACACAGGCCACGAUCUAGAAGUCUUAGUGGUCUGUAUUGUGUUGCCCUUUGUAGUAGCCCCAGCAGAUCUCCGGUCAUGGACAACGAAAUUUGCAUGAUGAACGUUCUGUACAAGGAGCGGUUCCCGAAAGCCACUCAGCAAAUGGAAGAACGUCUUAGUCACUACAUCGAAGAGAACAAAACAUUCGAUUUUGGCGAAGAUUGCGAUUAUCUUCCCAUCGUCCGUUUUGUUCAUCAUCAAGUGCUGGAAAUGGCCCGCGAUUGCUUGCAUAAAUCACAGUCAAAAUUAAUCACUAGUCGGUAUUUCUAUGAAAUGUCCGAGAAUUUAGAAAGACUAUUAACGGAAACAAAAGAUAAGUCUGAAGAAGCUGCUAAUCUAGUCACAGGUUUUAUUAAAAAGUUGCUGCUAAUCAUAUCGAGACCAGCUCGUUUAUUAGAAUGUUUAGAAUUCGACCCCGAAGAGUUUUACCAUUUCCUAGAAGCCGCGGAAGGCCAAGUCAAAGUCGUCCAAGGUAUCAAAGCUGAUAUUCCUCAGUACAUCAUCCAGAAGUUGGGAUUAAAUAGAGACCCUAUCGCCGAACUCCAAGAAGAGCUCCGCGAUUGCAAUUGGUCCUCGAACCAAUCGUCGCGAUCUUCGGUUUGCCUCACCUCGACGCCCAGUACGAAAAAGUCUCUCUCUAAUCCCAACGAACAAGACUUCGAAGUUGUCAAAUUAAUAUCGAACGGAGCAUACGGAGCGGUGUACUUGGUCAAGCACAAGCACACGAGACAGAGGUUCGCCAUGAAGAAAAUCAACAAGAACAACCUGAUAUUAAGGAACCAAGUAGAACAGGUGUUCGCUGAACGCGAUAUACUCAGUUUCGCCGACAAUCCUUUCGUUGUUAGCAUGUACUGCAGCUUUGAGACUAAAAAGCACUUGUGCUUAGUAAUGGAAUACGUAGAAGGCGGAGACUGCGCUAGUCUACUUAAAAACAUUGGACCACUGCCACCAGAUAUGGCGAGAUUCUACUUCGCCGAAACUGUUCUCGCUGUAGAAUAUUUACAUAGUUACGGUAUAGUUCAUAGGGAUUUGAAACCAGAUAACUUACUUAUAACGGCGCUAGGGCACAUCAAACUGACGGAUUUCGGCUUAAGCAAGAUGGGUUUGAUGUCCCUGGCCACUAAUCUCUACGAGGGGUACGUGGACACAGAAGCUCGCCAGUUUUCCGACAAACAGGUAUUUGGUACGCCCGAGUAUAUAGCUCCAGAGGUUAUAUUGAGACAAGGGUACGGAAAACCCGUCGAUUGGUGGUCCAUGGGUAUUAUUCUCUACGAGUUUCUAGUAGGUUGUGUUCCUUUCUUUGGUGAUACUCCUGAGGAACUUUUCGCUCACACUGUCCAAGAUGAUAUUGAAUGGCCGGACAACGAUGAUUGGCCGGUUCAAGAAGAAGCUAAAGAUCUCAUUAGCGCACUCUUGCAACAUUCCCCACGCGAUAGAUUAGGCACGGGUGGAGCCCAAGAGGUGAAAGAACACGUGUACUUCAACGGCUUGGACUGGAAUUCGUUGCUGCGCCAAAAAGCCGAGUUUGUACCACAGUUGGAGCAUGACGAAGACACCAGCUAUUUUGACAGUCGCAUCGACCGGUACAACCAUGAACUGGAAGACGACACCGACGACACAGACGAUUCCCCCGUCUUCGGUCUCUUCUCAUCGUGUUCCCCACAAUACCGUAAAGCCAACGUGUCAAAACUGUCAAGCUCAGAUGCUGACACUUCGUUAGACGGCGUCAAAAUAAACGCACCUUUGGUCACCACACCCGACACACCAGAAGUUCCCGAUUUCAAACUACGACCACGAGCUCCCAUCAGUCUUCAAACUCCAGAAAGAGAACGUCAGGAGAUCGCCCCCAUCGAACACAGAAAGAUUUCGUUGGACUUCGGAAAAACCAUCAGUACGCCCGAAUCGUCGCAAACGGACAGUGACGACGUGUCUCCGCAGAUACAAAGAAGGCGUAAGACUGGUCACUCUCGCGACAUUCUACCCAAGUUCUCCAUUUCAGUGGAAGAUGAGCACAGUAGUUUGGAAACGGGUACUUCGUCGUCCGAAAAUCGAGAAUUGUCGCCACUGGGAAGAGUGCAGCUUACUAAUAAACAUAAGUCGAGGUCUGUGGUGAAAAGUGCCUCGACUUCUGGGUUGUCGUUGAUGAUACCCUCAGACGAGUUUCAAGCACCCACUCACAAUAUUCAUUCCCCGAGUGGGGGUGGAGGGUCUAGUACUGCUAGUUCGAGGGACGCUUCUCCCUGUAGGGAGUUAUCGCCCCUCGUUACCAGCCUAAAACCCCCCAUUAUCAUUAGAAGAGGGCCCAAAGGGUUCGGCUUCACCGUACAUACGAUACGAGUGUACUACGGCGACACGGAUGUUUACACGAUGCAUCAUUUAGUGAUGGCGGUGGAUGAGGGUAGUCCCGCUUUCGAAGCAGGCUUGCGACCUGCCGAUUUAAUCACUCACAUCAACGGGGAAGCAGUGCAAGGUCUCUACCACACUCAGGUACUGCAAUUGUUGUUGAGCGGUACAGAACACGUUAGUUUGAGGGCGACCCCACUCGAACAAACCUCAAUUAAAACGGGUGGACGUAAACGGGAGCCCGGUCAGAGUAAACUCGCGAAGAGAAGUUUACACAGACAAAGGAAACAGAAGAGGGAUAGCGAUAAAAGACGAAAGACCUCUUUAUUUAGAAAAAUCAGUAACAAGAGAGCUAGCGUCGAGAUGCAACAAAUGGCAGCAAGUAUUCAAUCACCGAUAAGUGUUACUCCCAGUCGAAGUUUCCAGUCGUUUCCGAGAAGCCAAGACAGUUCUUUUUCUUCUGGUACAAUACGGACUCCCACCCCCGUUAACCGUUCUAAUUUAACUCUUUCUGAUUCUUUCAACCAACAUUCUAGUUCUUCAUCACAAACUACAUCUACGAGUUCCGCGAGCGCAACCCCCGUUGCCAGUAAUCGUAAUAAUAAACAACACUACCAGAGACCGUCAACCCUUCACGGGUUAAAACAUAAGUUGCAUUCGAGUCCGUGCCCGAAAGCGUUGCAUGCAGCUAGUCCUUCGUGCACGACUGCAGUCCCUAACCGUCGAAAGUCGGUGGGUCACAUACCAUUAUCACCCCUGGCGAGGACACCCUCACCUUCACCCUUGCCAGCGUCACCCACUAGAUCUCCCAGCCCACUCGCAUUUCCCGUCGGGCACCAACCUGGCAGUUCGAACACGACACAAUCCUACAGUCCUAGUGCAGGCACGGCCCCUAUAGCGGUUUGUAAUCAGUCCAAAAAGGGUUUCGUGAGACCGAAAGGUGCAGAGCCGGGGUCACCCUUACUGCGACGAGCCCUUUCCCCGGACCGCUUGCAUCCACGUAGUGCGGAGAGCAAGUGUUCGAUCUCGCCGUUGUGCUCGUCGGGAAAUUCGCCGCCCGUGAAGGCCCAAGCGAGGUCGGGGAGUACAGUGUGGAGGCCGAACGCGCAGCCGGAGAAGGAGAAGGAAACAGAGAGCGAAGCGAGCACUCAGACCGUGGAUGUUGCGACUAGUACAGCGAAUUCGGAUAGUCGUCUGUCGUUGAAUUUGUCCGGACCAGGUGAAUUGUUACCGAGAAUAGCAGAGGAAAAGGACUCCCCUACGAAUAACGGGCAGGAAGACAAAAAAGACAAAUGUGAUAAGGUCGAGAAAAAUAAGAAUGUGCAGCAGAGGGAUAAAAAGGAGAAAAGCAAAUGUGAUAAGGUUGAAAGUUGCAAUAAAAGUAUACAAGAGCAGGAUAAGAGUAAGAAAUGUGAUAAAACAGCUGAGUACCAUAAGAGCGCGGAGAGGGAUUUGAAAAAAGGAGAGGGGAGUAAGGCGGACGAGAAGGCACAAAAAAACAAAAGUGAUAACAAGUCUCAGUCUACAUGUGAUCCAUCAACAAAAAAUAUCCCGAGUGUUAAAACGAUGAAAGAUUGUAACAAAUCCGUUCAAAAAUUUUAGCUUAGUAUUACGCAACUUGCCAAACAAAAAAGAUUGUUUUUUCUGUAUAUAUUUGCUUGAAUAUUUAUGUUUAAGUCGCUCAGCAUCCCUAAUUUUCGAGUUCUGUAUAUUUUAGCUUUGGGGGUUUUUUAGUUAUACACUACUAAAAAGACAACACAUAUAUGGUAUGUGUCUUAAAAAUAUACUCAUAUGUAUUAAUUCUUUAAUGUUAGAGUGGAAUCGGAGUGAGUUUCGAGAGGCGUUUUAAAUUUUAUCAAAUUAUAUGUAUGUAUAUAUGUCAGAUCGAUGUAAAUUUCAUUAAAAGUAUAUUUCAAAAA